CGCCCACUUCCUCCUGCCUGUCUCUUUAACGCCCCCACCCUCCUCCAUCCUCCUGCCGCAGCAUCUCUCUGCUCUCCUCCGGGCUAAUAAGACGGACCCGCCAGGACCGGAACUCGGAACCGAACGGGAACCAUGACGGAAAGCAGUAAAACCCACGUGAUCCUGCUCUCGUGCGGCAGCUUCAACCCCAUCACCAAAGGACACAUCCACAUGUUUGAAAAAGCCAGAGAUUAUCUGCACAAAACUGGACGCUUCAUUGUGAUUGGAGGGAUCGUCUCACCAGUGCACGACUCAUACGGGAAACCGGGUCUGGUGUCCAGCCGACACCGCCUCGCCAUGUGUCAGCUGGCCGUCCAGUCCUCUGACUGGAUCAGGGUGGACCCCUGGGAAUGCUACCAGGACACCUGGCAGACCACCUGCAGUGUGUUGGAGCAUCACCGCGACCUGAUGAAGAGAGUCACUGGCUGCAUCCUGUCCAAUGUCAACACGCCGUCCUCAACCCCCGUGAUCGGACAGCCACAGAACCAGAACCAGUCCCUCUACCAGAACCACAGCAACAUGAAACACAAGCCUACAGCUGUGAAAGUGUGGGGGAAGCUCAGUGAGAGUUUCAGCAGGAUGUGCUGCGUCCGACCUCAAAUGGACCACUUUCCCUUUGUUGAUGAAAACGCCAACCUGGGUACGACCAUGAGAUACGAAGAGAUUGAGUUGCGCAUCUUGCUUCUGUGUGGCAGUGACCUCCUGGAGUCCUUCUGCAUCCCUGGUCUGUGGAAGGACAGUGAUAUGGAAGUGAUAGUGGGAGACUUUGGGAUCGUGGUGGUACCUCGUGAUGGAGCAGACACCGAGAAGAUCAUGAAUCACUCGUCCAUUCUCCGCAAGUUCAAGGACAACAUCGUCAUUGUGAAGGAUGACAUGAACCACCCUAUGUCCAUUGUCAGCUCCACCAAGAGCAGACUGGCCCUACAGCACGGAGAUGGCCACGUCGUGGACUACCUGAGCCAGCCCGUCAUCGACUACAUCCUGCAGAGUCAGCUCUACAUUAACGCCUCUGGAUAGACGCCCCCCCUCUGCCUGUCAUACACCAAAGCUGGGGAAGCAGAAGUGAGGGGUGGGGCCUCCCCAACCGUCAUCUACCAAACAACUGCCCAUCCUAAAACUUCCUUAUGUUUCGUCCGUCUGGAGCUUCCUCGUUGAAUUUGACACCAGGAGCAUCCCUGUUCCUCCAUCUAUGUCAUGUGACUUUACCUUCAGGGAGGGAGGGGGGAGGAUGUGUUUUCUCUUUCCAUUUUUUAGAUCAACGUUUAGAGAUGCAUGACUGAGCAUGCUCAGUGUGCUGACACCUCUUCUGUAUCAGGGUAGCGUUGAGCCGUAAUCAGGGUCAACGGGCUUCAAGCACGAGUGUGGUUCCUCUGGUUCCACAGUGAGGUUCCUCAGGUAGCUCAGCGUGGUUCCUCUGGUCCCCUUUAGCAUUGCUUUUGUUUCCUCAAGAAAAUUAACACUAUUUCACCAUCUAAAUGAUGGAAAACCUAACCUUCAAUUUCAAAAGCAGACCUGGGAACGCCCAGGGAGUUUGGGAUCUGACAAAGUGAGCAGCAUUUCUUAUCUGCUGUGACAUUUACACGAGUUUGAGCUGCUGUUCUUAGCUGAAUCUGUUGGUGAUGCUUCAUGACUACGACCUAAAUCGAAACGAAAAUCUAAUAUGUUCUUCAUUGCAACUGCAGCCCAUUUCAGAUCAUGAAGGAGCACCUUAACCCAAGCUAUUCUGCUAUUAGCAUUCUGACUCGUAGGGUUUCAUCUUGGUUGUUCUCUCUUUGCAGAUUCUUCUUGAGUGUAGCUUUGUACUUUUUAACAGAAAAACAUCCAAAGAUCAGGAAUGGUGUCUUUUUCAUCCUCUGCUGGGCUACAAGCCUCUAAAUCUAAACACUUUUGGGAAAGUUUCAGGUCAGAAGUUGAGUGGAUUCCUGCAUAAAGCCCUGAGUUUUCUGCAAGUUCAUCAAAGACCAUAGUCGUGUAGAUGUUUCACAAAGACUUUAACUGCAGGGUUAUCAUGGUGACACAACGUGACCUGAUGAAGAUGAAGCAGUCCUCUUCUUCUUCCUUGGUUCUUAGACUGCAUGCUUCAUUCUGACAGAUCCGUUCUGGCAUGAAUGUUUAUCACGUGUUAGCUAUUAUGGUUUGUUGUGAUCGUGUUUGCAAAAAAAAUGAAAGAAAAAAAAACACAGCUGUGGAUGGCAGGGGGCGAGGUGGCUCCUCAUCUCCAGGUCUUUUUGAGUUUCGUUGCAGCGAUUUCGGCUAACGGUCCGACUACUAUUUGGGUUCUAGCCAACCGUCUUUCUGAGGCUGUGAGUUUAAACUAAAAUGUGACGAAUUCUGAUCGACCGAGAACCUAGCAGCGUAUGCAUGAAAACAACUUAAUUAUGCUGUUCUCAAGGUGUGUCAUAAGUUUACGUGCUUUUCAAAUUGUUGUGACAUGAUGCCCUCUGCUGGCAGAAUAAAGUAUUUUAAUUCUAA